GAAUUCUACGAUCAGGGAAAAGGAGUUGCAUCUUUUUUUUCUGCCUCAUAAAAAUAUAAGCAAAACAUUAAAUGGAAAAUUAUAAACUUUGAGAUGUUUCAUUGUAUGUCUGGCUAGUUGGGUUCUGAUUCGUUUCUGCACUAAUUAUAUCAAGUCGAAUGCAUGCCCUGACUCUCUUAUUUCAAUAUUCUUUGUCAUUCCGUGCAGAGAUCAGCCACCUCACUUGAACAGCUCUUCAUUUCCCUUUCAAGUUCUAUUUGCCUUCUUCCUCUGCAAAUUUCAAAUUCCGAGUUUGGUAUUCUCCUUUGCAACUGUUGCCAUGUCUUUCAGAGGUCUCGGCCGGACAUUAAACUUGGCUAUUAUCAGCCAAAUGCCUCGUCAGGCAUGGGAGUGGCUGAUCACAGCAAGAAGAGCUUCAUGGAGCUGAAGCAAAAGAAGGUGCAUCGAUACGUGAUCUUCAAAAUCGAUGAGAAGAAAAGGGAGGUGGUGGUGGAGAAAACGGGUGGUCCGGCGGAGACCUACGAUGAUUUGACGGCAUCACUGCCUGAGAAUGAUUGCAGAUAUGCUGUCUAUGACUUUGAUUUCGUCACUUCAGAGAACUGCCAGAAAAGUAAAAUCUUCUUCAUUGCGUGGUCACCUUCAAGCUCUCGAAUCCGAGCCAAGAUGCUGUAUGCGACAUCAAAAGACAGGUUGAGGCGGGAGCUAGAUGGGGUGCACUACGAAAUCCAGGCGACUGAUCCCACGGAAACGGAUCUUGAAGUUCUCAGAGAUCGUGCACAUUAAUUCACACAUCUCCAUGCUCUGCCUGUCCUUUUAUCUUCAUUAUAUUACAUGACUAGUGCACACACGUACGCCUCCGCAUUAAAACUACGUGUAACAAUAAAGUGAAUCUCUCUCGUGCCUAAUGGACUUGAGCUUGUAUCUCAUGCUGGGAAUUCUGCAUCCCGUCUCUUCAAUCAGUAAGCAAGUAAUUUGAAAUUUGAAAUUAACAUAAAGUUGUUAAUAUUUCUCAGAUUUUUAAUACAGUUAAUUAGCUAUGAGUAGUUCAGAAAAAUACCGGGAUAUUUUACUUCAUCUCCGUGUUUGUAUAUAAUCAAUUUGAAAACAGUUAUGCUUAUUUUUGUA